AGUCAGGCUGAGGGUUGGGCAUUGUGGGAUGAGAGCGGACUCUGGCUGAACAGCCAGCCCUGCCAGAGCCAGGCAGAGAGCAGUGCACCCGACCUGGAGGAGGAGGAGGAGAAGGAGGAAGAGUGGUGGUGGGGGGAGAGAGGAAGCCAGGACCAAGGGGCAGUGCCCCCCACCCCACCCUAAGGGACACCAUGCCAGUUGCCACAGCCAAAGUGGCAGCCAGGUUGGCCCAGGGGGUCACGGCGAGAAGAGCAGUGGUGGCAUUCCUGGUGGCGGCGUAUGGAGCCAAGAAGUUGUACCCAGUCCUGCGUCGGCAGUGGGCUUCCUCUGACCUGCAAGUGAAUGCGAACUCAGCAGGGCACCACAGUGCCGAAGAGCCAGCAUCCAAGUGGGGGGCAGCUGAUGAGGCGGCAGCAUCAGCAUCCUCACCUGGGGUGAACAGGGUGUUUUUCUUCCGCCUGCUGCGCCUCCUGAGGUUGCUGUUCCCUGGGCCACUGUGCCGUGAAACGGGGCUCCUGGCCUUGCACUCGGCCGCCCUAGCCAGCCGCACCUUCCUCUCGGUCUACGUGGCCCAGCUGGACGGGCGCUUGGCCCGCUGCAUCGUCCGCAAGAACCCGCGUGACUUUACGUGGCAGCUUCUUCAGUGGCUGCUCAUUGCCCUCCCGGCCACGUUUGUCAACAGUGCCAUUCGGUACCUAGAAGGGCAGCUGAGCCUGGCCUUCCGCGGACGUUUAGUGGACCAUGCCUACCGGCUCUACUUUGAGGGCCAGACCUACUACCGCGUCAGCAACAUGGACGGACGCCUGCGCAACCCGGACCAGUCUCUCACGGAAGACCUGGUGGCCUUCGCCAACUCCGUGGCUCACCUCUACUCGAACCUGACCAAGCCGGUGCUUGAUGUGAUUGUCACUUCCUAUACCCUGCUCAGCUCGGCCAGAUCGAAAGGAGCCGACACAGCCUGGCCCUCGGCCAUUGCCGGCCUGGUGGUCUGCAUCACUGCAAAGGUGCUGCGCGCCUGUUCGCCAAAGUUUGGCCAGCUGGUGGCUGAGGAGGCACGUCGGAAAGGGGAGCUGCGCUACAUGCAUUCCCGGGUGGUCGCCAACUCGGAAGAGAUUGCUUUCUAUGGGGGCCAUAAGGUGGAGUUGUCCCUUCUACGGCACUCUUAUCGUGAGCUGGCCUCCCAGAUCAAUGUGCUGCUCCUGGAAAGGCUCUGGUAUGUCAUGCUGGAGCAGUUCCUCAUGAAGUACGUGUGGAGUGCUGCCGGGCUGGUCAUGGUAGCCGUGCCAAUCAUCACCGCCACCGGCUUUUCUGAGACAGACCCUGAGGCAGUGAAGCAAGCUGCGCUGGACAUGGAGGAGAACGAGCUGGUGAGCCUGAGAACCGAAGCCUUCACCACAGCACGGAGUCUACUGAACGCAGCAGCUGAUGCGACAGAGAGGGUCAUCUCUUCUUACAAAGAGGUGACUGAGCUGGCUGGGUACACGGCUCGCGUACAUGAGAUGUUCCAAGUGUUUGAAGAGGUGAAAGCCUGCAACUUCCGGCGCCCUGGAGAACUUGAGGAGAGUCAGGUUCAUGCUGGGAGAGUGAUGAAGCAAGGCGUACGGGUUGAAGGGCCGCUCAAGAUCCAAGGACGUGUGGUUGAUGUUGACAAUGGAAUUGUCUGUGAAAACAUCCCCAUCAUCACCCCCACUGGAGACGUGGUGGUCACCAGCCUCAAUAUUCGGGUGGACGAGGGCAUGCACCUGCUUAUCACUGGCCCAAAUGGCUGCGGGAAGAGCUCGCUGUUCCGGAUCCUGGGGGGACUCUGGCCAACAUAUGAAGGCAUCCUCUACAAACCACCCCCACAUCGUAUGUUCUACAUUCCACAGAGGCCAUACAUGUCUGUGGGAACCCUGCGAGACCAGGUGAUCUACCCGGACACUGCAGAGGACAUGGCACGGAAAGGGCAGACGGACGCUGAGUUGGAGCGGAUCCUGGGCAUUGUCAACCUAAACUACAUUGUGCAGCGUGAGGGAGGCUGGGAAGCAGUCAGCGACUGGAAGGAUGUGCUCUCUGGUGGUGAGAAGCAGCGCAUGGGGAUGGCCCGCAUGUUCUACCACAGGCCAAAGUACGCUCUCCUGGAUGAAUGCACCAGUGCCGUCAGCAUUGAUGUAGAAGGCAAGAUCUUUCAAGCUGCAAAGGAUGCUGGGAUAGCAUUGCUCUCAAUCACCCACCGACCUUCACUCUGGAAGUACCACACCCACCUCCUGCAGUUUGACGGGGAGGGGGGCUGGCGUUUUGAGAAGCUGGACUCUGCAGCCCGUCUCUCCCUGCGAGAGGAGAAGCAGCGCCUGCAGCAGCAGCUGGCCGGUGUCCCCGAAAUGCAGCAGCGUCUCAGUGAACUUUGCCAAAUCUUGGGUGAAGAUACGGCCUCUGCAGUGGGACACGUCUCAGAGAGCCAGGCAUCCUGAAGCAUCCCCUCACCGUUCCUGCCCCGGCCCACUCGGCCGAGUGCUCAAUAAGAGGGUCCCAGCUGCUUUCCUUCCCUCCUGGGAGCUGCAGAAGAAGGCCAGCUGUUGCCCUGGCUCCUGAAGGAAGAGUCACGCGUUUUCUCUGCUGGGGCAUCACUUAUUUCUGGCACCUGUUUGCUGUGCCCUUCGUCACUUUCUCUCUCUUAGGCUGCCUCGUUCUAGGGCUGGAGGGAGGGAAUGGGUCACCCCAUCCUGACAAGUGACUCUGAAGUUUUCACACACACACACACACACACACACACACACAGUGCCUGAAUAUCCCAAGAUAGUAACGCCAAAGCGUGGGUUUUGUUGCCCCACUGCCAUUCUCUGCCCUCUGCAUCUGUGGAUGUUUGGGAGUGAGCUUCCAGCAUCAGCCACCACCUCAGAGGCCUGGGAGUUUCUGCGGGACCAGUCUCUGCCUUUCUCCACACAAAACAGCCGCACAACGAAUCCAAGCCAUGAAUGUAGCUCUUGCACCUCUCUCCCUGGUGGCCUCCUUUUUGCCACAACUGGGCUGUAGAAGCUGGUUGCAUAGGGCAGCACCAAAAACCCCUCUCCCCUCCAACCUUCACCCCCUGAGCUCCGCAUGAGGAAGGCCUGCCUCCUUAGCUGGACACCACGUGGGUGAUAUGGCAGCCAAGGGAGCAAGUUACGAAAUCUGCAUUGCUCUAAAUCAGUAAUUCCCAACAGUUUUCUCUGAAACCUUGCUGUUCCUCAGAACUUACAAAGAGCUCCCCAGUGAGAAGAUGGGUAAGUUAUGCAGGGCAAGCGGUUCAAAAAACCUCACCACAACCUCUUUGACCGAGCUUCCACAGCUGUUUCAGGAUGUGGGGUUGGUUCAUCCUUCUGGGGCAACAGUUUAGGUCUGCCUCAUGCCCUUACAAACUGAGAGUGUGGCCUAGGAUGCCUCUCAGAUCCCUCUGCACUGCAGGGGUCCAAGACACAAAGUGGGUCCUCAGCAGAUAAGCCAAUAUGGAGUCCCCCGAGGUGGGAAGCCUUGAAAAAGCCACGAUCCUGGGCUGUCUCGGGACCCCCUUGUGCAACUCUGCAGAACAUAAAGUCCUUCCUGAGGCUUUGUCCACGUGGCUUCUAAUACUUUUGCCCCUUAAUUUUGAGGACUGGUCUUCCCUGUGAAGGCCAGCAGAAGGCCCCAUGGCAUUUGCUUAGGGCACUUUCUAUCUAUGGGAACUUGUUGAGACUUGAUUUCCAUACAGCUAUCCUUCAGGACUUGUUCUCCUUGAGAUAUCAGGAAUUUUCCUGGGGUCAUUUCCCCCCAUUUUCUAAAGCAGGGUGGAGGCAGAGGUAGAGAAAGAGAUGUUUUUGUAUACAGACAAUGAGGCCUCAGCCAGUUCAACUGCACAGCAUAUUAGGAGGAGUGCAGCAAUUUGGGUCUUGCCUCUUGCCAUGUGCGUGAUACGAUGGAGAGAGGGAACAAAGGAACUAGGAUUGGUGGUUGUCCCCUAUUUCACUUACGCCAGUGUUAGUCUGCACAGAUGUGUCUAUUCUUAAAAACUGAGCCCUCUUUUAAUUAGUCAUGAAGGUGAUUGCUGUUGUUGUUGUUCCUGUUCCUGUUCCUGUUCCUGUUCCUGUUGUUGUUGUUGUUAGAAGACUCACCGCCAGUUGUGUUUUCCACUUGAAAUAACAGACCAGCAAGCUAUUAAUGAUGUGUGUUCCUGUGUCCUUUAAAUGCACAUUUAGCUACAGCCAUCAUGCAGUUAUUUUUUAAAAAAAUUCAGCCGUCGGCUUUGAUGGUGGGACAUCAGGGUUUGCCUCAUAUACUAGGCAAGGCCCUGUUUCUCCCCCCUCUGCCCUUUUGCACGGGUAUUUCCUCCUCUCCCCACUUGCCUCCCUUUCCCAAUCCUUCUGCUUCCAAGCACACCUCAUCUUCCUAAGAAAGCGAAGAUGCAUGGUUGCUUAGGGGAAAUGAACCCUCGGCUCUCCCUUCGUGAAACAUCUUGCACUGGCCUGCAGUCGUGUGGCCUACCAUGCUUGGGAUAGACGCAUUGCUCUCAAAUGGCAUGUUGCUUCUGGAGGAGUAAAACCACAGCUUGGCAGCCCACAGCCUGCAGGCUGCUUCAUGCAGCCUUCCCGAGGCUCCCUGUGCCCCAUGAAAUUGCCACUUCCAAAUUUUGACGUGUCAUUGUAGUGGGGGAGGACAUUGUGCAGCAAGGAUCAUCUUGAGAUGCUAACAAGGGAAGCAAGUUCAUACAUUGUUUUGCAGGCCCUGCUGCCUAGUCCAGCCAUGUUCAUAGAGAGGCCACCUCAGUCAGAGUGUGCUCACAUCUUCAGAGAACCAGAUAAAUUCUUAACAUAAUUUCAGUCAACUCGUCCAUUGAGUUUUCCUUUCCUCAAGGGCAAUUGCUGACAUUUUACAAAGCACAGGGCCCGUGUCGCCAGCCAAUUUGGGCACUGGGGGAGGUCAUUUCAUGCCCCACACAUCACCAUCCCCAGCGUCUUUUAAGUGUCACACUGGGGUUAGUAAUUAAUACUCUUUUAAUUCUGUAUUCUGCUUUUUUACAAAAGUAAAUUCAAAGUUGCUUACAACAAUCAAAUACACAAACAAGAAAACAAGUCCACAAAAAUGCAUCAAACCCCGUAAAACACCAGCAUCGCAAAAACAAAUGGAUCUGCACAGAGGAAAAGUGGGCUCCUUUAGUUUGCUGGCAGUCAUCUACUUAAAUAUAUAAACACAUGCACACAUGCUUUCCUGUGAAUUUUUGUUUAAAGCAAGCAGCAGAGCAAAGAGAAAGCUGAAAGAAACUUUCUCCGUCUUGUGUUAGUUUUAUACGUACUUGCAGGGAGCUUGUGUAUGUGAUCAUCAAAAGACAGUGUCCCCACCUGAAGUUAGAAGUAGUACGACCCACUCUGCCGCAUUCUGCUGCAGGUGUGUAUGUUGCCAUUGGUUUCUCCUAUAUCUGCUUCUGAUUUGCUCUCUAUGUUUGCAAUCUAGUCAUUGCUGCACCUUCCUGCAAGCCUCGAAAAGAGAGCCUGGAAGUUCAGGGCUGUUGUGUUUUUUCUCUCUCGCUCUCAUGAGCAGCUCCUUGUAUUGGCAGCCAUUGCCUAGGGGAGCAAGUGCCAAAAUAGGUGGUUCUUUUGUUCCUGAUCACAGACCUGCCUGGCUUAGCUACUCCAGCCAAAUUUCAAGGCAAGCCAUUUGCAGGUGUGUGCAUAGCAACACCACAAUCUUAUUGGAGAGAAAAUAAAAUCUCUGCAUUGUUCAGCUCUGAAACCCUAUAAAUACAUGCGAAGAGAUGGGACUUCCCAUGUGCGUCCCAGGAGUUGGGAGUGAGGGGUUUCAACUUUUUCUUCCUCUCCUCUACUUGAUUGUAUAAAUUGCUGAUUUAUUUAAUUGUAGUAUGUCUGUGUGUUUUGUAAGAUGUUUUUGAAACUUAUUUCUGAAUUGUCUUCGGACCACCUUUUUUUUUUUAAGCCUGCCAUCUACUUCAUGCCCUUCCCAGUAUGAAAGCCGCACCAGUAAACAAUGUGAUACUAUUGCCUGGCAAGUGGGGGGAAGAGCCAGUGUGUGUGUGUGUGCCAUGGAGGGCUGAGCAUGUGUCAAAAUUCUCAGUGGAAUGAGGCUGUUCCCAUCUACUGGCUCUGAUGUCAGAAUUUUACAAAACUAUGCAACAAAGACUUCCUUUCUCUGCUGUUAUGUACGUGCAAAACUGCCAUCCCACUCCCCCUUUCUCCUGCCCUCACAGUGCCUUUUAUGCUGGCAGAAGCCAGGUUUAUUCAGAUGCUGAUAAUAAAAAUAUUAUAGAUCACAAACAGCUGUCCGUGUGAUUCUGGAUUCUGGGAUGGAUUCUGCAUGGCCGCUGCCAAGAAUGGUAGCAAUUGGAAUUGGGAGAGGGAGAUCCAGCCCUAGCACUGGGGUGGGG